AUUAUAACUUAUAAGUAACAUGAUCGGACAACUUAUGAACCUCAAGGCGACGGAGCUCUGUCUUGGUCUCCCCGGCGGCGCUGAAGCCGUUGAGAGUCCCGCCAAAUCGGCGGUGGGAAGCAAGAGAGGCUUCUCCGAGACCGUUGAUCUUAUGCUCAAUCUUCAAUCUAACAAAGAAGGCUCCGUCGAUCUCAACAACGUCGCUGCAGCUCCUAAGGAGAAGACUACCCUCAAAGAUCCUUCUAAGCCUCCUGCUAAAGCACAAGUGGUGGGAUGGCCACCUGUGAGGAACUACAGGAAGAACAUGAUGACUCAGCAGAAGACCAGCGGCGCGGAGGAGGCUAGCAGUGAGAAGGCGGGUGGAGGAGCCGCCGGAGCCGGCUUGGUGAAGGUCUCCAUGGACGGUGCUCCCUAUCUGAGGAAAGUUGACCUCAAGAUGUACAAAAGUUACCAGGAUCUCUCUGAUGCCUUAGCCAAAAUGUUCAGCUCCUUCACUAUGGGAAACUAUGGAGCACAAGGAAUGAUAGAUUUCAUGAACGAGAGCAAGCUCAUGAAUCUUCUGAAUAGUUCUGAGUAUGUGCCAAGCUACGAAGACAAAGAUGGUGACUGGAUGCUCGUUGGCGAUGUCCCAUGGGAAAUGUUUGUCGAGUCUUGCAAACGUCUGCGCAUUAUGAAGGGAUCUGAAGCAAUUGGACUUGCUCCGAGAGCAAUGGAGAAGUACUGCAAGAACAGAUCUUGAAUUAAUAAAAAAAAAGAAAUAUC